CUUCCUGGUCAGGCAUAACAACAGUGAUGGCGGCGGCUGCACGGUUCUUUCUCCGAGGUGCAAACUCGAAACUUUCCUUUACCGGUGUUGGUACCGGGGCUCACAGCUCUUUCGGAGCCGCUCUGCUGAAAGUGUCCCCGGGCUGCAGCUCCCGCACAGAAACACAACGAAGACAUGCCGCGCACUUUACCUUCCAGCCUGACCCCGUCCCGACACAGUAUGGUCCCACACAGAAGAUGAACUUGUUCCAGUCAGUUACAAGUGCCUUGGACAACACUCUUGCCAGUGAUCCGACAGCAGUCAUCUUUGGGGAAGAUGUUGCCUUUGGUGGAGUAUUCCGAUGCACAGUGGGUUUGAGAGACAAAUAUGGUAAGGAUAGAGUCUUUAACACUCCCCUUUGUGAGCAGGGGAUUGUGGGAUUUGGUAUUGGUGCAGCUGUUGCCGGCGCCACAGCCAUCGCUGAGAUCCAGUUCGCUGACUACAUCUUUCCUGCUUUUGACCAGAUAGUCAAUGAAGCAGCCAAGUACCGCUACCGUUCUGGCAACUUGUUUGACUGCGGCAACCUCACCAUUCGGGCUCCGUGGGGGUGUGUCGGUCAUGGAUCACUUUACCACUCUCAAAGCCCAGAGGCCUUCUUCGCCCACUGCCCUGGCAUCAAGGUUGUAAUACCCCGUGGUCCAGUGCAGGCCAAGGGUCUGCUCCUCUCCUGCAUCGCUGACAAGAAUCCGUGCAUAUUCUUUGAGCCCAAGAUCCUGUACAGAGCAGCAGUGGAACAGGUUCCCGUGGAGGCCUACACCAUCCCUCUAUCGCAGGCCGAGAUCCUACAGGAAGGAAGUGACGUCACUCUGGUUGCCUGGGGGACACAGAUCCAUGUGAUGAGGGAGGUGGCCAACAUGGCUCAAGAGAAACUGGGAGUGUCAUGCGAGCUCAUCGAUCUACAGACCAUCCUGCCCUGGGAUGUUGAAACUGUUUGCAAGUCAGUGGUGAAAACCGGACGUUUGCUCAUCAGUCACGAGGCUCCAGUCACCGGAGGCUUUGCUGCUGAAAUCAGCUCCACAGUGCAGGAGGAGUGCUUCCUGAAUCUGGAGGCUCCCAUCAGUAGGGUCUGUGGUUACGACACACCCUUCCCCCAUAUCUUUGAACCCUUCUACAUCCCCGACAAGUGGAAGUGCUUUGAUGCGAUCAAGAGGAUGAUCAACUACUGAACCCCCGUCAGGGCCAACUUCUGGUAGUCCUGAACUCUACGCUCUCCCCCUUUUCCUCCUCCUUCAUCCAAUCAGUGGAGAGCAGCCAGGAAAAGACACUUUGUUGACCAUCCAAUCAGGAAGCAGUAUCCAGAUGGGCUCCGUGUCCCUCUGUGUCAUCCAGCUAAAAGACUGUUACAUUAACUCUGGGUUAGGGAACCUCCCUCUGUGGCAAGGGAAACUGACUUGAUCCAGUCUAUAUGAAGAAACUCUCAAAUUUAAUUUCCUCUUAAAUAAAAGUUGAAUACUGUGGGGGAAACUGUAUUUGGUUGCAUUUUGUGACUAUCUGCCUUUCUGUGCUGUUACUUUAGAUUGAUUGUGUCCAGCAGUGCUCUAAUCUUUAUUUAGUUUGACAUGAACUGAAACUUAUUGUACUAAAAAUGGAUUUGUGGUUUUUAAGGAAAAUAAAAUUAUCAGAGUAGGUAUGGUGA